UUCCUCUAGAAACCUCUCCAAUCAGUUUUCGCACUUCGCCACGCGCGGACCUCGCUUGUAUUAAUACUUUAAUUAAAUUCGUCAAGGAAACCAUAUAUAAUGUGCGGCAUCUUUUCCAUAUUUUCACGGGAUGGGGAACCAAUUCCCCCACAAAUCCUGCAUGGCAGCAAACACAGUUUGAGGGAGCUGGCCUACCGGCAAAGUGGAAAGCAACGUCAUCGAGGCCCGGACUCCACUGGUGUUUAUGUGAUUGCCUCGGAAGGAGUGGCCAUGGUGCACGAACGCCUGCGGAUCGUGGGUGUGGCAGAAGGCGAUCAGCCCUUUGUCUCCGAGGAUGGCAACCUUAUCCUGGUGGCCAACGGAGAGAUCUACAACUAUCUGGAGCUUUCGGCGGAGAUUGCGAAGAGACGCGGUUCCUACAACCCCAAAAGCGAUUGCCACGUGAUCCUGGAACUGUACAAGGAUUACGGAGUGGACCUUCUGGACCACAUCAGCGGGAUGUUUGCGUUUGCCUUGUAUGAUCGCAGGACCAAAGAGGUCCUCCUGGCCCGUGAUCCCGUUGGCAUUAUACCCAUGUAUGUGGGCGAGGAUGAGUCUGGAAACCUGUGGGUUGCCUCGGAGAUGAAGUGCCUGGUGGACACCUGCCCAAAGGUCGAGACCUUCACGCCUGGCGAGGCUCGAUUUGGAAGGGUGGGCCAGCUGCAAACCUGCUGGCAGUUCCAGCAGCCCUGGCUCAACGAGGUACCAACCCAAGCCUGCGAAUUAUCAUUACUUCGUUCCAACUUGGAGUCGGCGGUGCGCUGCCAUUUGCAUUGUGACGUCCACUUUGGAGCGCUACUGUCUGGAGGAGUGGAUUCCAGCCUCAUAGCCUCUAUAGCCACGAAGAUUAUGAGGGAGAGGGAUCCCAACUACCGAUUGAAGACCUUUUCGGUCGGUCUGAAGGAUGCCCCCGAUUUUAAGGCCGCUAGGAAUGUGGCCAAGUAUAUCAACAGCGACCACAAGGAAAUCAUCUUUGAGAUCGACGAAGCCCUAGAUGGAAUCAGGGAUAUUGUCUACCAUCUCGAAACGUACGAUGUCACCACUGUGAGAUGCAGCUUGCCCAUGUUGCUGCUGGCCAGAUACAUCAAGAGCACUGGCAUUAAGAUGAUCCUGUCCGGCGAGGGUGCUGACGAGAUCUUUGGCGGAUACCUCUACUUCCACAAGGCGCCCAACUACCAGGACUUCCACGAGGAGUUGGUGAAGAGAGUCCGCCAGUUGCACUUAUCCGAUUGCCUGAGGGCAAACAAAGUGGCCAUGGCCAAGGGAGUGGAGCUGCGAGUGCCCUUUCUCGACACGGGAUUCGUAAACCAUGUGAUGCAGAUCCGACCGGAGGAUAAGAUACCGGGAACGCUCAACCAAUUCGGCGGACAGCAGCAAAAGCGGCUGGAGAAAUAUGUCCUGCGAGCUGCCUUUGCGGACGACUACCUGCCGGACGAUGUCCUGUGGCGGCAGAAGGAGCAGUUCUCCGACGGAGUGGGCUACGACUGGAUCGACAGCAUUCGCCGGGUGGCCACCAGCCAUGUGACGGAUGAGGAGUUCGCUGGCGCAGCUCUCCGAUUCCCCUUCAGCACACCCAGCACCAAGGAGGCGUACUAUUACCGCAGCAUCUUUUCCGAACUGUUUCCCGGGGAGUCUGCUGCCCGGACCGUGGUGAGGUGGGUGCCCCGCCUGGAUUGGGGCUGUCCGGAGGACCCUUCUGGACGUGCUCAGGCCGUUCACCAGGUCAACAAAGACUGAGAAAUAAAUAUGUUAAAUGAAUUAGUUAAGACAUCCACAAACAAAUACACGUCUCUAAUUAAUAGUCGCCUCGAGAGGCGUUCAAUUAGCUUAAAUAUGCACUUAUUCUGACAUCUGAUACGGCGGCGGUCUACGGUUACAAUGUUUUCCGCCAUAUGGGCUUAAUUAAAGGCACGUGCGGUCCACUCGGCAACUGUAUACAUACAUCUGUUUGAAUAUGAAUAUACAUAUAUUAAAGAAAAUGCCAGCUGUCAAUUACAAUGAAUAUGCCAAUAAUAUGCAUAUUACUCUUUAUUAAUAAAAACGUCAAUCAAUACAA